AAAAUAACGGAGGGAAAUUCAAAAAUAAUUUCAAUGUAAAAAUAAUUAUUAAUUAAAUAUUAAUCAAUUAUUAAUUAAUUAUUAAUUAAAAGAUUAAUUAUUAAUUAUUUUAGUUAUUGAAAAAAAUGUCACAAGAGUCAAUUGUUACACCGGAUAUUCUUUUGGAAUUUUUAGAGGCGGCAUUUCAUCAAAUUUUAUAUUAUCGCAAAAUUUAUCCGGAUUCAAUUUAUUCGAGGAGAAAAUUAUAUGGAAUUUGUAUUUAUGUUUCGGAACAUCCGGAUCUUAAUGAAUAUUUAAAAAAUGUUUUAAAUGCAUUACGUGAAUUAUUAAAGGAUGAUAUUUCAAGUGUUAAAUCAGUGCAAAUUAUAUUUUUCAAUAAUAAACAAAUACCUGUGGAAAAAUUUGUUUUCGAUAUUCUCGAUUUAAAGGCCUCCGAUAAAGAGGCAGAUCCCUAUUUUUUGAAAACCGAAGAGGCCUUAAGGACAAUUUGUUUAAAAAUUUCAACAAUGGAAUCAUAUUUAAAGCCAUUGCCGGAAAAUUCAACAUUUCGUAUAAAUUUUGUCACUUUUGAAUCGUCACACAUUGGAUUAAGUGAAAAUGCAAAUUUUGCCGAUUUUCCAUGGAUUGUCGACGACGUGACAAAAGAUUUAAAAAAUCAACAACUCUUACCAUUGAAAACAAUAAAAACUGAAUGUUUAAAUUUACAAAUGUACACGAUUGAGGAUAAAUUAUCGAAAAUUAAUGAAAAUAAUGAGGCAACAACGAGUAAAUUUUAAAAAUAAUUAAAAAAAAAACCGCAAAAAUCAAGAAUAUAAU